AUGUACAAGAUCGUUCAAGAAUUAUUAUAUUAUGGUUUAAUUCGUAAAUCUUAUUCUCCAUUCGCAGCACCAGCAUUAUUAGUGGCUAAACAUGAUGGAUCAUGGCGAAUGGUAGUCGAUUACAAAAAAUUAAAUAAUAUGACAAUUAAAGAUAAUCAUCCAUUACCUAAUAUGGAACAAACAAUACGACGAUUGGGUGGUGGUUACAAAUUCUUCUCAAAAUUAGAUAUGAAGAGUGGAUUUUGGCAAAUACCAAUUAAAGAAGAAGAAAAACAUAAAACGGCAUUCAUUACAGCUGAUGGAUUAUAUGAAUGGAAUGUAUUAGCUCAAGGUUUGAAGAAUAGUCCACCAUUAUUUCAAAGAGUAAUGGCUGAUAUACUAUCUCCUUGUCGACAAUUUUCAUUAGUUUAUAUCGAUGAUAUUGUGGUAUUCUCUCAUUCAUUUGAAGAACAUCUUAAUCAUCUUCAACAAUUAUGA